AUGGCUUCGAAUGACGACCUCCAGGGCGCCUUUGCGAGCAUCGGAAAUGGCCUCACACAGCAACCGGCGACUGCUCUGGCAGCCGCCAUGUCUACGAUACAAUCAGCUGCACUACCCGACCAAUUUGGCCUGACUCUGCAUCCAAGAGCCAGCUUACUUGGCUACAAUCCCGACUUCAAUGCCUCAGCGGUCCUCGCGCGGAGGCAGCAAUAUCAGCUACAAGUAAUUGCGUCCACAUUUGCAAGCAUCAGUAUGCUUUCGGCCAUAUGUGCUAUUUACUGGUUCUGCAUGAUGCGACGCAACUUCCGAAGAGAUCUGGUCUUGCUUCUCAUCGUAGGAGAUUUCUGGAAGUCCACAUGGUUCCUCGUCUUUUCCGUCACCACGCUCGCAACGGGCCAUAUAUCCACCGGAACGAGCUUCUGUCAGGCGACAGGAUACUUCCUCCAGCUUGGUCUGGAAGCUUGUGAUUGUGCUAUCUUGCUUAUGAGCUUGCACAUGAUGCUCCAAAUUUUUCCGCCAAAGAAUUCCCGCCUAGGAGCCGAUGGCCUGUAUCGGAUCAGAUGGUACGUCCUCGCAGGAUGGGUCCUGGUACCCAACCUUAUGACUUCGCUUGCCUUCGCCAAUUCAGGCCCUGCUUUCGUCUCUCAAGGUGGAUUUUGUUCGUUGCCUAUACGCCCAAUCUGGUAUCGACUUGCGCUCUCUUGGAUACCGAGAUACCUCAACUGGAUAUUCGUAAUGGGAGUUGCUGUCAGAAUAUAUCGGCACGUAGGGUACGAAUUCAGAGUUUUUGGCCAGGAGCAGGACCAAAGCUCAAGCGCUGGUAUUCCCGAUCACAGCCCAGGGGCGACCAGCAAUGCCCCAACCACUAUCAAAUCAGUCGCAAUGCAACGGAACAUGUCUUCGCACUCAGACGCUGCGACGAUUGAGAAGCAGCUGGUAGGCGAGGACGACAUCGCGCCCGACGAUGAUAGCAUCCUCGCACCAAUGCACAGCAAGAACUCUGGUGCAUCGAACACAUUCCCUCGCGCAGACCCGAACAGGAGACAGUCGGUUCCAAAUUGGGCAUCCCCCUUCGGCAACAGCUCAGCCAAUCCGUUCGACUUGCCACCCCCGGGGCCGCUUCCACUGACCAGCAGGAGUAUGCCAUCAUCACGACGCGGCAGUCGACAAAUUUCUGCGGCCAACGGUGUACUUGCAGAGGAUUUCGCUGCUCCGCCAAUCGAGCUCACCCGACCAAGAGGCUCGAUUUCGACAGCAGCCUCUCGACAGUCGUGUAGCGAGCAGCCACCACUGGCGCCAAUUACAGAACAGAAAACCACUCUGGCAACAACGCCGAGCGCCCCGGGAAAUGUAGCGUCAAGAGCCAUGCAGAGCCGCCGCAAGGCCAUACAACGACAACUGAGGCUGCUCUUCAUCUAUCCGGUCAUGUAUCUCCUUCUGUGGAUCUUUCCUUUUAUCAACCAUACCUUGACCUACAGCGACUACUACGCACAGCAUCCAAUCUUCGCCUUUUCGGUGCUCAAUAUAUUCUGCCAAAACAUCAUGGGAUUUUGUGAUGUUUGUGUUUUCUGUUGGCGAGAGAAGCCCUGGCGGCACAUCCCUGGCAGCGACGGAACCUUCUUUGGCAGCUUCUGUUUCUGGAGAUAUUGCUUUAGUCGACAAUGGAUCGAUGAGCAAAGGCGAAAGAGCAGUGCUUUCCCCUCAACCCAGGAGAAACCAGACGAGAACACCUCACAGAACGGCUUACUAAAUUCGAUCAAGCGUUGGAGCAUGAGCGUCACAGGACAGGCGAGCACACACAAACCAUCGAACGCGUCGAUACCGGGCGGCGUUCAGAGUCCCGCACGAGCUAAGCCGCCAAUGCACAGGCGGACUCGAAGUGGUGGCAGCGACAGACGAAUAUUACAAGCAGAACAGGCACAAGAGCGCCUGGCUAGAGAACGAGCGGACUAUGAAAUGCAUCGCAAAAGUUUACAGGAGCGAAGAACGAGCAUCAUUAGUGAGCAGCAACAGCAGACACUGCCUGAGAGAAAGGAAUGGUGGGAUCGACAUAUGAGUAUUGGCGAUGAUCUGGCUGACGAUGAUGAUCGUGUACGAUAG